GGCUGACAGACAGACACGCCCAAACCGAACUGAAAACAACCUACUUGGCGUAGGUAAUGAACAUGCCAGUGUCCACAGGUGCAUGCUUAACUAUACUCGGAGUAGCCUUCAGUCCAAAUGAAAAUCCAGCAAUUUUGGUUCCCACUGACGAUGACAAGCAACCUAUAGGUCAGUUUAUACAAAGGGACUAUACUGAUAUUAAAUACAUUUUUGACGUGAUUAAAAGGUUAAUAGUAAGGGCCCAUAGGAUAGAAUCAUAGAGAGGCACAAUUAUAUUGGUAAGCUAACAUCCAUAAGUGAAGAAGGACAGAAUAGCCUAAAACUGAAAUAUGCUCAGCCUACAGUGUAGCAUCCCCAAUUUUCCGUGGUUGCUUCUGCCAAGGAAGCAGCACAUUUUGGAUGAUGUGUGACGUGACACCAAUAGGGAGCAGUCGCAGCUAUGAAUCCGUCACAACCCUGCCGUUCCAGUACAGCAGCUGAUCGCAAAUGCCGUGCGAGGCAGGAUCUGCACAAAUAGUACCUCUGGAACACCGAUGAGAACACGACGACAGACGAAACACGUCUUUUUGCCGUCGUUUCAUGUGUUUUCGCUCUCUUAGAUUGGGAAGACGUAUAUUUUUGGCAAGAAUAACAAGUGGUGGAUUUAAAUUCGGGAUAGACGUCCUGUUUUUUAAACCAGGAAUUCUGAAUGGAAGCAGAGGGAGCGGCUAGCCUGUCUGAGGUCGGAGAUGGCAGUCCGUUAUCUGGGGCCGCAGCAUCCGAUGAGACGGACACAGUCAUUGGUGUCGGCUAUGGGAUGGAGGCAGGCGAUAUCGAUGCUGCUGCCAGGAAGGCCUUCAUCACAGAGAUGCCGUCGUCGUCAGGUCUGCCAGGCUACGGCAAGGGGAAUAAGAUUGGCCACAGGGGUGUGGACGCCUCCGGCGAGACCACAUACAAGAAGACCACGUCGUCAGCGCUGAAGGGGGCCAUCCAGCUGGGCAUCGGCUACACGGUGGGCAACCUGAGCUCCAAGCCCGAGCGAGACGUGCUCAUGCAGGACUUCUACGUGGUGGAGAGCAUCUUCUUCCCCAGUGAAGGCAGCAAUCUGACUCCAGCCCACCACUACCCAGACUUCCGCUUCAAGACGUACGCCCCAGUGGCAUUCCGCUACUUCAGAGAGCUCUUCGGAAUCAGACCAGAUGACUACUUGUACUCCCUGUGCAACGACGACCUGAUCGAGCUUUCCAAUCCCGGGGCCAGCGGCUCCGUCUUCUACGUCACCAAGGACGACGAGUUCAUCGUCAAGACAGUCAUGCACAAGGAGGCGGAGUUCCUGCAGAAGUUGCUCCCUGGCUACUACAUGAACCUAAACCAGAACCCACGCACGCUGCUUCCCAAGUUCUACGGCCUUUACUGCGUGCAGUCGGGUGGCAAGAACAUCCGUGUGUGCGUGAUGAACAACAUCCUGCCCCGCGUGGUCUCCAUGCACCUCAAGUACGACCUGAAGGGCUCCACGUACAAGCGGCGAGCCUCUAAAAAAGAGCGGGAGAAGUCAAAGCCCACCUAUAAGGACCUGGACUUCAUGCAGGACAGCCAGGAUGGCCUGAUGCUGGACACGGACACCUACAGCGCCCUGGUGAAGACCCUCCAGAGGGACUGUUUGGUCCUGGAGAGCUUUAAGAUCAUGGACUACAGCCUGCUGCUGGGCGUGCACAACCUGGACCAGGCCAAGCGGGAGCAGCAGGUGGAGGGCACGCAGGCGGGCAGCGGGGACGAGAAGAGGCCCCUGCCCCAGAAGGCCCUCUACUCCACCGCCAUGGAGUCCAUCCAGGGUGCGGCCGCCUGCGGAGAGGCCAUCGACACAGAGGACACGAUGGGUGGCAUCCCAGCUGUCAAUGGCAAAGGGGAGCGCUUGCUGCUGUAUGUUGGCAUCAUUGACAUCCUGCAGUCUUACAGGCUGAUCAAGAAAUUGGAGCACACGUGGAAAGCUCUUGUUCACGACGGGGACACCGUGUCUGUCCACCGGCCCGGCUUCUAUGCAGACCGCUUCUUUAAGUUCAUGAGCAACACAGUCUUCAGAAAGACCUCCUCCCUCAAGUGCUCACCCUCCAAGAGGGGUCGCGUGUCCUUGACGACGGCGCCCAAGUACCAAGGCCCCGGGGCGGCGUGGUCCGCCAGCCAGCUGCCCUCCGAGAGGGACGAGAACAUCUACGACCUACGAGGUGCCCGCAGUUUCCCCACAAUGGACGAUGAAGGACGGCCAGACCUCCUGCCCUGCACUCCACCAUCGUUCGAGGAGGCCACCACGGCGUCCAUCGCCACCACCCUCUCCUCCACCACCUCUCUGUCCAUUCCAGAACGUUCCCCGUCAGACUCCACGGAACACCCUCGCUACAGGAGACACACCCAGUCCUUGGGCCACGAGGGCAGGACUCAGGAGGAGGACCAGCAGACCAUCACGGUGGAGGUUGAGGUGAAGAGGCACGACAGUGAGCCGACCAUCAGUGCCCCACAGCCCUCGCCAGAGACCAGUGAGGUGCCAGAGGCCUCCACCGAUGUUGCUGCUGCUGCUGCUGCCGCCGCCUCCUCCUCGUCCUCCUCACCCGUCCCUGCCAGUCCCAGGGUGGUAGUGGAGUCAGACCAGACCAGCCAGACGUCUGGAUGUCCCAGCAGGGCUUCCAUAGAUGAAGACGAGGACGUGCCAAUCACAGACAUCUACUUUUUUUCAGACGGGAGUCUCCAGGUCUCCUCUUUAGCACCGCUGCCAAUCUCUACUCUGUGCUGGAGUCCUUCGGACGAGAGCACCUGGGUGUACUCCCCGCUGCACUUUGGGGGCGAGCCUAAGAACCUGGCGGAUGUGGAGGGGGAGAGCCAGACCUAAUGACACUGCUGAUGAAGGCUCCAGCCCAAGGUGAUCCUCCUAGCAGACCGGAGUCAUCUGUGUACAAACCCACCUGCGAAGACACCAGGACAAAUCUCUCACACUGUCGGUGUCAGCGCUCGUGUCCAGUGUCUACAGAGUCAUGGCCAACUCCGUGACUUGAAAUCAGAGGGUUUUUUUCUCUCUGUGUCGCCCUCUGGUUUAUCGCAUUUAUAAUGUAUGGAUUUCUGUCUACGUAUUGGUCUCUCCCCCCAGCUGACACUCCACGUGUGUAAUUUGACUCAUAUCACAGUGAAUGUUUUUUUUGCUUUAUUUGUGCACUUUUCAGAUAGAACUGUGAAGAUGAUGUGUGUUUCACUUUACACGUAGGAAAGCUCUAGAACUGAAGCCAAAGGUUGUUUUUAAGCCUUGGCCUUUUUCUACUUGAUGAAAAGCUAUACACCUGAGGAGGCGGCACCAUCCCACUGGGUAGGUACUAAACUAACGAUCUGGUACCACCAUGCAGUUAUUCAGGUUCCUUAGAGUUCCAUUAUGAGUUAUCUAACUAAAAAAACAGCCUAGUUCUUAUGUAAGCUAACUGUACACUAACUUAAGAUACAUUUAGAUAGUAAGUCAUUCCACUUCAGAUGUUACUUUGAAAAGUCUUCCAAGACAGCUAAACUGACUAAAUUCCUCCUAGUGGCUUUGUUUCAUAAAACUUGAUGCAUUUUCUGGAACUAUAUUACUACUCAGUAGACAUGUGGUCGCAGUGAAGUUUUGUAUUCCUGAAUCGAUUAUGUGGGAUUUUGUUACUUCAAGUCAUUGGUCAGAUAAUGCUUCACUGCAUAGAGAGAUGCUCCUGCAGUUGGGUCCAAGACCAGAGCAUUUUCAGAGGCCAAAUUUCCCUUAACUUAGUGUUUUUUUUUUUUGUUAAGCGUGUUCCCAAUAUUUCAGGCUGCUUUCAGACAGCACCUUAUCACGUUUUCUGUCUGAAAAAAAAAUGUCCGUACAAUCGUUUCAAAGAGUGAGACUUUUUUUUUUCUCCAUUUAAUGGUCCUUCUCCAAUACUUAAAUUAAGAUGUACGUUCACAUGGCCUUGGUGUCGGUGUCAGUUGUGUCUCUCCUGUUUAUGUUACAUUUAUUUAUUGUGUGCGUGUGUGUGAUGGCGUUUAAAGGGGUGCUGGUUUGUUUGCAGGAGGGAAUCUAUUGUCAAAGCAAUGUACAAUACAGAUCAUUGAUCAUGUGCAGUGGCCAGUCAACUGCUGCUAUUACAUGACAUCAGGGGACGGUAGCAGCAAUAUAUUUGUUUUUAAAAAAGGAACGUAAGAAAAGAAAAAAACAGUUCUGACGUACGUUUUCAUUUUCAUUGCCUUAUGAUUGUUUAUUUUGUUUUUGUGAUAUUUUAUUCAUUUUGACAUCUUUUAUCCUAUUCCUUUGCAAUUGUUUUCUUGAGAAUGUGUACAUAGGUAUAUAAAUACAUAUAAAGAUAUAUAAAUAUAUUUUCCAUUUGGAUGGAAGAAUAUUAUUUUUAUUUGAUUUUGAUUUUGAUUUUUUUGCAAGUUGCUUGCAAGAAAUGCUUUUGAUCUACAUUCUGGACUGUACAAAUAUAUUACCAGAUGUGAAUGAGAUGCAGCUAUAUUUAUUGUGUGUACACAGGUUUCUUUGUAUGGUGUGUUUCACAGAAGUUCUCGGGAGAUAUACAGUACAUGCAAAUGUAUCCAUAGCGUGUUCUUCUGACGUUUAGCUGUAUUCGUGUAGCCUAUGUUUGGUCAAAAUGCUGUGGGUUCUCUCUUAAGAAGAGUCGUUUGAAUAAAGAGACAUAGCAUGAUUUAAAAUGAAUAUAAAAUGCAUAUCAAAAUAUGAAUCUUUAGUGUAUGUGUUUAGAACAUCCUUGUGUUUAUCAACAAAGAUAAACAAGUGGGUGGGUGGGCGUGGUGUUUGUUUGUGUGCGUGAAGACUUUUAAGAAUGGAAGUAAAUAAAUAAAAUAAAACAGCCUGGUGUCUACAUUUUACCGUUUAGGCUUUAUUAGUUUGUCUUUCACACAUUUUUGUUGUGAAGCAUUAAUACUUAUGGUAGGCCUACUACUUUCCUGACCCUGCCUUCAACUCAUGACAUUCCGCAUGUGCCAUGACAUCAGCGUCUUCUCCAUUCUAUUUGGUUUCCAAUGUUACAUUCAACUUCUGCAUCAGAAUUCUAGGUGAGUAAGUCGUUAGCUCUUGUAGCAUAGCAUCACAAAAUAUUAGCCGGUGUUUAGAUCGGAAUAAUACAAUACAGCAGACUAAAAUAUAAUGUUAUCAUGCAAUACUAGCUAUUGGUGUCAAAGUGAAAGGAGUAUUUCCUCAAGUUUGGACACCGGUAAUCAUAUGCACUAAAGUUACAAAUGCGAUGAUAAAUUGACGUUGAAAGCUGCUUGUUUGUUUUUGUUGUUGUAAUGCUAGACUGUAGGCUAUGCUCAUUUAAUGUAAAAAUAGUCUACGCACAGGAAAAUACCAGGGUUAUAUACAGGAAAUGGUCACAAAUGAAAUAGGAUAGGUUAACUUUAUUCAUAACCUUUUCAUGUAGCUACGUAACCUCGUUUCCUAAAAUGAUUGUUUAUUGCCUGACUAUUUGUAGAUUAAUGACAUGCUGUCCUAAAAUGACUGGCAAAAUGGACGUGAGAGGUUUUUUUCCAGCAAUGAAGCCCCUAUUAGAUAAUGUGGCCUCUGAAGCAUCUCACAUCCUGAACCUAUCUGAGACUCUCGGUUGUAGCCAUAAACAUGACAGGCAGGGGGAACACAUUCAUCCGCCUGAGUUCUCAAUCAUGUCAACUCAUGGAAGCCUUAAUUUGGGGAGAACCAGGAGAGACCAGCGGCAAUACCCUAUUUCGGCGAACCGUGCCCCUCUGCUGUCUGAAAUUGAAACCUUGAAGAGGGAGCUGGGUGAUGUCCAGCAGAAACACCAGAGCAUUGUUCAAGAGCUACACCGGUCCAUUUACUUUCCUCAGUGUGGUGGUGACAGUAAUUCAAAACUAAUCCUACAACAGCACCUUAGCCUAGGUGAAGACGGGAUGCAACCCUUUGAGCAGAAACUACAGGUGUCAAAUGGCAAGGUUUUUCACCUGAAUCAAAAUGUCAUAGGCACAGCUGAACGAGAUCUUAGAACAUCUGAAAUAAAAAUAGAGUCACCAAAGUUAGAUUUGAAAAAAGCCUGUGACAAGAUCCAAGCUCUCCACCAGGCUGUAGAAACAUCUAAGAUGAAGAAAGAGGCAGAUCUCAAAACCUUGAGAAUGCAACCUGCUGUUUCUGAGGUAACUUCCUUGCAGAGCAAACUGAGAGCAUCAGACCUGAAAUUCCAGUCCCUGGAACAAAAACUGUUCUAUACAGAACAAAAAGUGGUGUCCUUGCAGGACAGAUUAAUAACUACCGAUGACAAGGCAUUGUACCUGGAGGAAGCUCUCAGGUCUUCAGAGGAAAUGGUGCAAUCCCUAAAUCGAGCCCUGCAGGAAAGUGAAACUCAAACAAGCACAGCCAAACACAAGCUUGAGUUGUUGCAGGAGCAGAACUCAGAACGUCAAAAGACAUUAAAGAACAUGACAGACUCUCUUGGGUCCACGGAGGGACUGUACUGGAAAAGAGUGGCUGAGAUGGAACUUAGUUUAGAGAAUUACAAAAGGCACAUGGACAUUUUGCAAGAUGCAUUGAGCAGGGCUGAGUCCAUGCACAAGGAGGAAAUGAAACAGCUUGCAGAUAAAAUGGAGAAACAGGCCAUACAUCAACAAUACCUUCAAAAUGAAGUUUUGGAUUUAACAAAGGAAUUACUGCAAGAACAAGUACAAGCCAGAAAGGACCUUGUAGGAUCAGUUAAAUGUGAAGAACAUUUACAAAACCCUAUACAAUCAAGGCAUGGUGAUAUGACACGGAGUGAUGACCAGUCUUACGCUAUGGAUAACCUGAGCAAGAGGAGACAGGCUGUGAUAACCAAUGAGCACCUCCUGCAACAUGAUAUGCAGAAGGGCAGACAGACAGAAGGACUGGAGAAGGGGGAGAGGCCUCUACUGGUAUAUCUGAAUAGCUUACACGAAGAGUUUAUGGAACUUAGGGAACAUCUUGUAGUCCUGAGAGACAGUGUGAAAAGAGAAGACCAGAUGAGGUUGGACUGGAUGAAGGUUCUGGAAAAGAUCCAAGAAUGGGAGAGCGGGGCUGGGAAACUGGUGGACAGCUUGUAUUAUUUCCAAAAUCAUCAGAUGCUCGGAAACAAAGGAGGCCUCAGUGAUGAAACUGAUGUGACAUCAUAUCCUGUAAAGACGUCUUCUACAUACCCCCCUCCUGAAAUGAUGACUCACAGAGAGGGCAUCAAAACUUACUCUUGGCCUCAGAAUCCACACAAGUAAUCAACAGACUCAGAACUGAACAUGAACUUAAGCUCUAGAGGUUGUUGUUUUUAGUGUUUUGCACACUCUGAAAUAUUUCAAAAAGUGUGGAACUCCUCCCAUCCGUUUAGAGUAAUGUUACUCUCCCUGUUUCUGCUUUAAUGGAUGGUAUUGUAACAGGCGAGAUAUUAAUAAUAAUGUGCUGAACAAGCAGUGUCAGUUUCAUCCCCCAAAUGGACCAGAUGCAGAGCAGCAUCUACUGACAGUCCCAAAACACCUGAAAGAUUUCCAGACAUUGUAAAUGCCAGAUCGGCAACUCAAGAUUAACAUUAUUUACAUAAAUUGACAUACUUAUUUUAUAUAUUAUUAUAUAUUUACUUAACAUUUACAUCAUCUGUAAAUUAAAUGAAUUUGAAGUUAAUUGUGUGCAAUAGAGAAGCCACACUGAUAUCCAUGUGAAUUUCUUUUUUCUAGCGGGCUUCCAUGGGGACACUACGGUUCACUACGGAUGUCAUGAGUCCAACAAUUUCAGCUCAGUUACCAUUUUGCAAACCAUACUGGAAAUUAUUUUAAUGAAUAAAAUGUCAGUUUAUCAGUGCAUCUGCCAUCAUCAGUUGUUUAUCAUUUUUUUGACCUGCUAGAUGUUAUCAGCAUCGAGGAAUUUCUGUCAACACUUACAAUAACUAUAGUUGGCUACAGCUUAUCUAAACACAUGAAACUCCUUGGGAUAUUUAAAUUCCUCAGAUAUAUUUGGCUCAUUCUGACUGGAGUACUUUGCUUUCAUAGCUGAAAAGGGGAAUUUCCUUGAAAUAUCCUGAAUUGUAAAAAAGCUAAAGUUAUUUCACAGAUUGUUAGCCAAUUGACAGUCGGCUUACUGAUAAUGGUAAAUACAUUUGGUUCGCUGUAUCCCCUUUGGCCCCAGAAAUACAACACAGAAAGUGCUGACUAUUCAUCGUUGGAUCACGGGUUUUCCACAUGUAUUUGACAGAGGUGAAAUACAUGGCGGUGAUCUUGUGAGGCCAAAGUCCUCCCUCUAGUGGCAGUCCUUCCCGUGUCUAUCUUUCCACCAGUCUUUAUAGCCCAGGAGCCGCUACCUACCCAUUCGAGGUCGCUUAGGUUUCCUGCCGGUCUGAGUCAGCCCGAUUGUACUAGUAUAUUUUUUAUCUUGGGGGGAAAAA